AUGGAUUUGGGGGAGCUUUUGGCAAUCUUCGGGCCCGGCAUCGCCGGCGCCGUUUUCGGAACCGGCUGGUGGUUUUGGGUCGACGCCGUUGUCUGCAGCUCAGUCAAAAUCCCGUUCGUGCACUAUCUUCCUGGAAUAUUUGCGUCUUUAGCUGCUUUGAUGUUCAAUUGUGUGAGGAAAGAUGAUAUCGAUUACUCGCCCUAUGAAGAAGGGGAAUGGAGGUUGAAACUUUGGCUUUUCAUUGCAUAUGUUGUGUCGUUUGUCUCGUUGGCUGCUUCAGUUGGCCUAUUGAUACAAGACGCCCUUGUGGAAUCUGGGCCUUCGGCUUGGACAGGAAUUGCAGGUGUUCUUCAAUGCGUAUUUGUUCUAAUCAGUGGCCUGAUUUAUUGGAUUUCCCAUUCAGAAUAA